AUGGCCGCGCAUAAGAAGCCUUUUAUAGUAAUGGCCGCCCACCCCGUCAACGGGCAUGUCCAACCCGUCCGCCUUGUCGCCAGCGAACUCAUAAAGCGCGGCUACCAAAUAACUGUCCUCCUUCCACACGCCUACAAGGAAUCCUUCGAGAAGCUGGGUCUCACCUUCAUAUCCCUUACCGGAAUCGCCGACUAUACCGAGAAAGACUUCGACACUAUGCAGCCCGAGCGAAAAUACUGGCCCCCAGGCCUCGAGCAGAUGGUCUACCGAUCUCUAGUGCCCAUUCGAGCCACCUUCCGGCAGUCGCGUACCCUGCAGGGCAUUCUCCGCGAUCUAAAGGCGCGAGAGCCAGAUCGGCCCAUCGUUAUGGUCCAAGAAUCCUGGUUCCAAGGCAGCGUCCCUAUGCUCCUCCGCCUCCCCGAGCUAGUCUACGUCCCCGUCAUCGCCCUCGGCGUCACCCCCCUCAUGAUGCCCAGCAUUGACUUCCCCCUCCUCGGUAUCCGCGCCUUCCCCGACACCUCGCCCACAGGCCGCGCAAAGGCCAAAGCUCUACUCCGUAGCAUGAUGCCGGCAUUCGAGCGGGCGCAGCGGGAAUUCCAGUGGGUGUUGGAGGAUCUGGGAUUAGAAGAAGGAAAGGAGAUUCCUCACAUGAGCGAGCGGUUCCAGCUCCCGGAGGCUCAUUUGCAGAUGUGUAUUCCGAGCUUAGAGCUCCCGAGGACGGACAUGCCGCCUAAUGUGCGGUUUAUUGGGGGCGUUCCGGCGAGUGAUGUAGAUGUGUGGAAAGGUAGGCCUGGGUGGUGGAGUGAGGUAGAGGGGACCAAAGGGGAGCGGGAUGUUAUUGCUGUUACGCAAGGGACGAUGGAUAUCGAUUACUCGGAGCUGAUCAUUCCAGCAAUCGAGGCGCUGCGAGACAGACCGGACACCAUCGUGGUGGUAGUUUUGGGAUGGAGAGGCGCAAUUUUACCGGCAGAGAUUAGUAUCCCAGCACACAUACAUGUGAUGGACUAUGUACCAUACACCGAGCUCCUAAAGCACUCGACGCUCUUCGUUACAAAUGGCGGGUAUAAUGGCGUACAGCAGGCUCUUAGUCACGGUGUUCCUAUUCUCAAGGCUGGCAACGACGGCGACAAGAAGCACACUGGCAACCGAAUCGAGUGGGCUGGGUGCGGACUCGAUCUUUGGGUGACUCGACCGACGGUGGAGCAGGUUCGAGAGGGUGUUGAGACUGUGCUGAAGGACCGAAAGUUCAAGGCGAGGGCACUUGAGAUGCAGGAGGAGGCGAAGAGGUAUGAUCCUAUUGAGUUGAUUGUAGAGGAGAUUGAGGCGAUGGCGGUGGGGAAGCAUAGCGAUGGAGCUGAUCUGAGAACGCCCACUUGGACGAGCAUAUUUGGUGACGAUGAAGUAGGUGAGGGGGAUAUUUGUAUGUGA